AUGCCCGAUGUAAAAGACACAUUAAAAACAUCACUUAGCGAGGAAGCUAGGGUUCCAGCACAUUUCUUUAAGAUCAUGAGUAGCAUGCUGUCCGGUGCAGGAGAUUUACGAGGUCUCAACUCAUCGUUAGCUUCGCAGUUCCACCCCCGUGUAAAGCUUGAGUUCAAGAAUGUUAACAUCGAAGUUAACUCAACGUUUACAGAGAAGUGUUAUUGGAGUGGUGAUCGAGAAAUACCUCUUAACUGGACCAAGUAUGGAGUGCUUCUUAGUACCAACAACAUCUUAGUCAUCAAAGGUGCGACUUUUAAAGAUAAGGGAUAUUAUAAAUGCACUGCUCAAAAUGAUUAUGUCUGGGUCUUUAAUAAUGGUGACCUCCCACCUGACAUCAAUCAAACUGAUCACGAUGGAGAAUCGUUGCUAGAAUUGCCAAGUGUCACAAAAGAGAUGAAAGGCACUUACAAGUGUGAAGCGAAAAACAAAGCAAAUACUGCUAGUUCCUCUGCAUCACUGCGUGUUUAUGGAAAAUACUCUGCUCAAGCUGCUCCAGAUCGAUAUCCAACACUCAUAACAGGAGAUGUCCUCACAUUGACCUGCCAGGUCACCGAAGACAUAAUAAAUGUAACUUGGAAAAAAGAUGGUGAAUCACCAUCAGAAAGAGCAAAGACUUAUACACAAUGGGACAAGAAAGAGAGUGAACUUACCAUUACUAAGGUUUUGGAAGAAGACGGUGGAAAAUAUUCUUGUGAAGGACGUAACAAGCUUGGGUUUGUGGCUCGCUCCUUCGUAAAAAUAACUGUCAAAGGGAGCCAAGGUUCCAGUUCUUUGUGGUAUUACAUCGGUGGAUCAGUAGCAGCAGUGAUUGUCAUUUCGCUGAUUGCCUGCUUUUUCUGCAGGACAGAGCAAGAAAUUCAGCUGGAGCCAUUGAAUGUAGAGGUUGAUGAAUGGGAGAUUGAGGUGAGCCAUGUCUUGCUUCAAGAAGUCAUUGGGCGAGGGGCGUUCGGAGCCGUGUGGAGGGCUCUCCUGAGUUCACCAAAUGGAAGACCCGGAAACCAAACAGUCGCCGCUAAAUGCUUCACGCCCACUGCUGGAGAAGAAGGAAGGAAUUGUUUAAUGAGAGAAAUUGAGCUGCGAAAACUUAUUGAUGAAAACAAUCAGCCAAGCAUUGUAAGGUUCAUGGGCUGCGUUUCAACUCAAAUUCACUCAAUUCUUAUCAUGGAAUACAUGCCAUGCAAUGACCUACUUCGUUAUCUGAGAAAAUGCCGAGGAGUGAGGGAUCGGUAUUAUUUUGGUGAUGGUAGGGCUCAAGAUUUGACCAACUAUGAUCUUGUGAUGUUUGCCAACUUCGCUGCCGGUAUGGUGUUCCUUGGAUCGAGAAGGAUCAUCCAUCGUGACCUUGUGGCCCGAAACAUUCUCCUCGAUAACAACUAUGUUUGCAAAGUGACAGACUUUUGCAUGGCAUAUCAAAGCUUCAAAUAUGGCCAUGGAAAUGCCAAGAAGGGAUGUUUGCCAAUCAAUUGGACUGCACCAGAAAUUCUGCUGGGAAAUCUCUCUGGACUUUCCACUUUGAGUGAUGUGUGGUCCUAUGGAAUCGUUCUGUAUGAGAUAGUUACCCUUGGAGGAAUUCCAAACGAUGGAUGGUCAGAAGGCAGGGUGGUUGCAGAGGUCACAAAAGGAUGUCAGAUGCCAAAGACUGAUCAUGUUGAUAAAGAACUGCACGAUAUGAUGAAACGGUGCUGGAAUCUUAACCCUGACUUCCGUCCUCCAUUUGAAAACCUGCGACAAAGAUUGGACAAAUAA